CCAUUUGCAGAACAGCUUCUGAUAAGGUAUCAGUCAGAGGGUGUGGUCAACAGUACACCUUUCCCUGGAUUCCUGGGGAGAUUCAUCUCUGUGGAAAGACUCAAAGUGAGAUACACUGGAGAGAGAAAGACGGAGAGACAAAUCAGCAAGAAACAAGAGAAGAGUAAGAAACAAGGAAAAAGUAAGGAAAGAAGUGGUGAGAAACUAAUUAUAACAACUACUAACUAUCCUCUGUGCGAAUGUUAUUGUGACUAAACGAGCAUUCGAACAAAUAAUCAAUCAAAAGAAGAGAGGACAUAUAAGUCAAGUACAGUACUGAACAGUAAUAAGAAGGAAAGAUUUGAAGAGGACACAUCUAUCAUCAUGAUUACGCUGGAUAAUCGUUCUGUGACCAUGCCGGUUGGCAUUGUACGAAUAUUGGAGGUUGUGCUGUCAUGCGUCUGUUUCAGCCUUGUGGCCUCUGUGGGCCACAAUAACAGCUCCCAAUGGGCCUGGUGCAUGUUCACUUGGUGCUUCUGCUGCUUCAUGAGCCUUUUUAUUCUCAUCCUGGAGUGCUCCAGCCUCAAUGUUAAAGUACCCAUCUCCUGGGAUGACUUCACCACUGCCUUCGCCAUGCUGGCUGCACUCAUGAUGCUGGCUGCCUCGAUCAUCUACCCUGUAUUCUUUGUUUGCUCUUCUUGUUCUCGACCAAUUGCUGCUACAGUCAUGUCCUGCCUCUGUUUUAUUGCGUAUGCUGUGGAAGUUGGACUAACUCGGGCGAAACCAGGCGAGAUCAGUGGCUUCCUGUCUACAGUUCCAGGCUUGCUGAAGGUUCUGGAAGCCUUUGUCGCUUGCAUCAUCUUCAUUUCUCUCACCAAUAGAUACACUCAAUACCCCGGGUUGCAGUGGUGCGUGGCAGUUUAUUCGUUGUGCUUCAUCUUUGCUCUCCUCAUCAUCAUCUUCACCAUCUGCAAGCUCUUGUCUCUGUGCCCCUUUCCAUUUGACAAAGUGCUUACUGGUUACAAUGUACUGGCUGUUAUUAUGUACAUGACAGCAGUAGUUAUAUGGCCACUUUACAGUUUCCAAGGAAAUCCAAGACCAAACCCCUGUAAUCAUUGUGCCUGGGACAACCUAGUGGUAGUGUCCUUUAUGACGUGUGUCAACCUCAUUGCCUAUAUUGUGGACACAUGGUACUCAGUACGGCUAGUAUUCUUUGUUGCACCUGCUUAAGAAAAGAAUAGGCAUGUUGACUACACAGAGUAAAUGUUAAGAGUUGCGAUGAGUUUUUUGGUAUAUACAAAGCUUUUAGAAAUAGUGUUUUAUCUGAUUUUUAUUUUUUAUUUUUUGAAUGGCUUAUUUUUUGUGAAAUCAAAUUGAUGAGGAAAUGGCUUACAGUUUUUUGAAAGAAGUAUGCAAGUAUGUUUAGCAACUACUAUACUGCAUUGUAUCUGUUAAAAGUUACAUCUGUGUAGUGUGCUCAUACAAGUAAUUCUGAAUUGCACUUUCUUUAUAUCUGUGCUUUGCCAACAUAGUCCUUUUCUUUUGUGUAAAAAAAAAAUUGGACAAACGUUAUCAUAAUUUAUUCUAACCUUGAUAGCGUUCUUUUGUUUGUAAAAGAAUUACAUGACAUUACAUUCUUUUUAUAAAAUCUAUGUUUGCCUACAAAUAAAAUCUUUGUUUUGAAGUGGUCUAUUUGUUCCCCCAAUUAAUAAAUCAUGAAAAUGAAUAAUAAAUAAACUACAUGUUAUCUCUUGUGGUGUCACUGCAUGGUAAAAAGUUUUG